UGGUGGGUGGAUCGUCCGUUAGGGGAAGAGGAAAUUUAAAAGUUUGUACCGGGAGCUCGUGAGAAUUAUAUCCCAAAUUGUUCUUCAUGAUGAAAUGUGAACAACAAGUUCUUAUUCUGUAGUGACUCCUAUAAAUUUUCUCAUGUCUCGCCUACUGAAUUUUAUUUAUGAGCUGAUGGAGUACUUUGGAAUUCCAUUUGAACAGUUUAUACCACAUUGGCAAAACAAACCACAUGGACAGACUCGUAGCAUUGUUCGAAGAAUAGGAUCAUUUCUUCCAAUAAAUAAUUGGGCCAGAGUAUGCUUUCAGCUUAUAGGAAAACCAAGUAUGUCUAACUCUUGUGAAUCUGGCUAUAACUCUGUGGUUCCCUCACUGGCUGAUAUACUAUGGAUUGCUAAUGAUGAAGGGGAAACUUUCACUUGGUUUAGGAAUAUGGUGAGACCUUUCAAGGGUGAACGGAUGGCUGGUUCUGUUCAAGUAUAUGAUAACCAAAAAACCUCCGUCAAUCAAUUCAAAUACCAAAGGAGCACUGAAAACCCUGAUGCAUCAAAUCAAAAUGCCUUGAAGAAAAUCUCACAACUUGAAGAUGAGUUGUCUCGUCUUAGGGCUCAGAUUGCCACAAUUAUCACAAUGCAGGAGCAAGGAUCUGUUACUGGAUGUUUAACUCCAAUGAGAUCAAAUGGCCUGCAUGUUCCAAACACGCCUAGAAUCUUUCUGCCGCCUCCGAAAUUAACAUCUACACCUAUUGGAGAGUCAAGUGCUCGAUCAAUGACUGCUCCGCCACCUCCUCCACCACCACCACCACCAAAACCAUCAACCAGUGUGAAUAGCACUACAUCACUUGUGGAUCUUGUCAGAGAACGACGAGCCUCCAAACCUGGGAAAACAAGGUUAAUUGAAAAGACUCCAGGUCUUCCCAACAUAAUGGAUGUCUUAAAAGACAUACACAAUGUUAAACUACGAGUAGUAGAGAGAUCACCUGGAGGCACUGUUGCAGGGAAGAAACCUGCAAAAAAAGCAUCAGUUAGUGAUCCGGCAGCACUUAUUGCUGAUGCUUUAAAACGUAAAUUUGCACAUAAAUUCAUCAACGAUUCUUCUGAUAAGGAGAAUACAUCCUUUGAAACUUCCCCACUAUCAAGCCCGGAGACUUCCAGGUUUGGACUACAGCACCUGAAAUCUGCUGGGAAACCAAAUGUUUUGGGACCUAGUAAAAUAUUGCAAUCCGCAAGUGUGAAUGUUGCCAUGUGUUCUUAACUUUGCAUUUUCCGAAAUGAAUUGUUACAACAACUGCAAACCUAAUCGAUGCUUAGUUAUGUUUUUGGCCACUUACAGUAAGGGUGCUGAGGAUAAAUUACUGUUAUAGAAAGCUAAUUUAACAUUGCUUUUCAGUCAGAUGCUUCAACUUUGCUCUGCUGUAAAUUUGUAAACUUAAGGGUUUAUAUUGCAAUAAAAUAGAACUAUAAAGAUUGUCAAAAUAUUACAUUCAGUUUACAUUUCUUAUGA